CAGGAUUCCACCGCCACCAUGAGGCAAGUCCAUGCAGCAUCGGCCAGUGGAGUGACCACCGCAGAGUCACCCGCAGUCCUCAACGUGAGCGAUCAUGCUUUCCCAGAUGUGGAAGGCAACUGGACGGGGUUUCCGAAGCAGAGCGGCCAGUCGUUGUCGUAUUGGCUGCAGGGUGUCCGAUGCGACCCUCUGCUCGACCACAGGUCGACGAUGGAGCUGCCAAAGUCGGCAGACAUCGUCAUCAUCGGAUCCGGGGUAAGUUCCUAUAUGACGGGGGCAGCAGGCGCGAUGAAGGGGGCGCUUUUCCGGAGGCAUAUUAUGACCUCGACGCAUUAUUGAUAAACACCAGAUUACGGGAACUCUGGUAGCCAAGCAUUGUUUAGAGACGUGGCCGGAGAAAAGCAUCGUCGUGCUCGAGGCUCGCGAGUUCUGCAGUGGGGCUACCGGCAGGAAUGCUGGCCAUUGCAAACCAGACCAGUGGCGAGGUUACUCAAAAUACGAGGAGGCCUUUGGUGCGAAGCAGGCGCUGCAGAUAUUGCAAAACGAGCAAGAUACAUGGGAAAGCCUUGUGAAAUAUGUCCGCGAGGACAACGUCGACUGCGACCUUUGGGUGGGCGAUACACUCGACGUGGCCAUGACACCGGAAGUCGCAACACUGGCCAGAGACGUAUUCGAGAGCUGUAAAUCUGCAGGUGGCAGGGUCGACCAUGUCAAGGUAACCCUUGAUCCAGCAGAGGCACGCCGAAUCACCCGCCUCAAGGGAGCCCAGGCCUGCUUCGCAUGGCCGGCAUCAACCCUCCAGCCGUGGAAGCUGGUGGCCCAUAUCAUGAGGGGCAACGUCGCACAAGAACCGCGAUUUAACUUGCAAACGUACACCACCGUCCGGAGGGUCACAGAGAGCGGCCAGCCUGGGAGGUGGCUCGUCCACUCCGACAGGGGAUCAGUCGAGUGCUCCCAGGUGGUCCACGCCACUAAUGCUUACAGCGCCGCCGUCGAGCCGUCGCUGCUUGGCUUGGUCACCCCGACACCGCACAUGUGCAACAAGGUCGUUCCCUCGCCGAGAUUCUCAGGCUCGAAGGCCUUGGGGAACUCCUAUGGGGUGUUAUUGCCUGAUGGUGCUCUCUUCAGUGUGAACCCGCGGCCAACAUCUGACGGCGUGAUCAUGUUUGGAGGCUCCAACCCCGGGCAGAAGAAGUUCAAGGAGUGGCUGGAGAAGAACCCCGAGCACUGGACGGACGAUGUCCUUUCGGAGUUCCCAGAAAUUAAUGCGGCUGUCAAGGCACUGGCGGAGGAGCAGCUUGAGGGCUGGGCUGCGGCAGUGCCUGCACCGGGUGUUUUAUAUGACUACAGCUGGAGCGGUAUUAUCGGCAAUACAACGGAUGGUGUGCCUUUUAUUGGGGAGGUCCCGGGCCUCCCUGGGCAGUGGAUAUUAAUCAGUCACCAUAAACCAUUCACACGUAUUCUGCCGGAUCUGCAGACGAUUGCAGACCGCCCACACAUCUACUUAAAUCCUGACUUGCAGCACACCUUGUCCAUUUUCCUAAAUCUGGGCAUGGGUUCGAGCGAUGACGAACCCUGUCUUCUGGCCAGUCGAAACUCCCGAACACAUCGCGCCAGAUCUUGUCAGCACAGCACCCAACCUCUACGCGUGGGGCAGAUUGGGGAGAUGAGAGCAACAUUGGAUUUGGAGGUGAGCCUGACCGCAAGUCACAUCAGAGCUUGGGACAUUCAGACUGAUUAUAUGUCGGAAGCAGCCUCCCUGACGCACGGAAUACCAACCUAUCCGAUCCCUGACAUGUCUAGGGUGCAGGAUGAUAUGGACCGGCAACCGCUUUACCAAGGAUCGAGCGACCCUUUCAUGGUAGAGAACGAUGAUCUCCGAUCUCAGCGUGCCACUCAAAACCCAUGGCGCACUCUUGCCAGAUUCCGCAACCCUCUCGAUAAGAAACAUCUCGGCUUAGGUGCUCGGUUUCCACUCUUGAGCUUGCCAUUUGAGAUUCUGUUGAUCGUCGUCGGACACUUGCCCAUUGAAUCGGCCGCCUGCCUCGUACUGGCCUGCAAGACGACAUACUUGAAAUUGGGAACCGCAUCUUUCAAGAUGUCCAAGCCCGAUCUCUGGAAGUUCCUUCUUCUCAUCGAACACGAGCGGCAGAACUCAUACGCUUGCAGCCGCUGCCUCACACUCCACCGACCGCCAGACUCACAGUUACACGGCCGAUAUAGGUGCUGCCGUGGUUGGAGCUGGCUGUCACCUGGAGUGCUGCCGGACACCAUUACGCCGGGCUUAGUCAAGAUGAUUGGCAGGAAAUGGCUCGAGGAUCCCAGGUCUUGUCAGGAGUACCUAUCUUGGGGCAUCAUGAGCGAAAAGAAGACGACUCGUUACAUCAAGCUCGCCACACAUGUGAUCCCACGGAUGCUAGGUGGCAGCCUGGUGCUCCGGACCGAGACCUACAUUCACCCAUUCUUCGAUGGUCAUUUAACUCAGCGGACACUCAUGGAGCUGGUAGAACAAGUCAAUUCUAAUACACAACUCCCUGACGUGUGCAGUCAUCAGAAGUGGGCAUCCCAUCUCACAAAUCUCCCCAGGCUCAAGAAGGAUGUGAAACCAACCAAGUGCGUCGAAGCUGAAGAUGAUCACGACCACUGGACGCCUUGCUACUCCAAUGAGAGGAUAAUGAGAGUGAGCCACGGCCAUGAAUAUCCUAUCGAGAUGUGCGACCUCAUCCACCAGCAACCUUGCCGAACCUGGAAGAUACAAACGCCCAAGUCAACAGCUGGGACUCUCGAGCUCAGGGAGGCUCGCGAAGACACCAGGCCAAAGCUGGAGGAGACGUACAGUGGUGAAAUCAUGGGCUGCAGGAAGUGCAUCACCGACUAUUCCGUCUCGGCCCGCGAGGUGCCCGGCCUCGGCUAUUGCAUGGUACUCACCACCUGGAAGGAUUUGGGCGGCGUUGGGGUAGGCUUUUCCGACAAGUGGAACCAUCACAUCGCGAGCUUUGGGUUUUUAGAUGUCCUGGACGACGUUCGAUCUGAAGAUCAGGUGGGCCAGGCUUACGAGGCGUUCGAGAACUUGGAGCGCAGCUACCUUGGAACCCCUCAGCGAUACCACCCGCAGCCUGACCGCAAGAUGAUUCGUGACCUGACCCGACGCGUGCAGAAGUUGGGACACAGCAUCGACAGCGAUGAUACCACGGACAGCGAUGCCGACACUGACUCGGGGGAUGACACCGAGGUAGACCUCUGA